AUGUUAGAUCCCUUGGAUUGCACACACUGCAUCAGAACAAGCCCAGCUGAUCAGGAUGUCACAGACAUGCGGCUCGCCAUCUUCAACAAGCUGGGCAUGUCACUCUUCCUGCUUGUCAUUCUCUAUCACUACGUGGCUGUCAACAAUCCCAAGAAGCAGGAAUGA